AGCAAUCAGCUGUACUACAGGUGAAUCCGUUUCAGGUUCAGAUAUUCUGUGAUAAUAUUAUGGCAAAUAAUUAGUUGGUUAUUAAAUUUUCAAGAUUAAAAUAAUUUUUCAUUAUUUUGACUCAUAUGAUUCAUUGAAAAAUGGAGAGUAUCCUCGAAAAAUUGCUUGUUGCUGAUAACAAUAGCAUUCAAGAGGGAACAAAAGAACUUCGUGAGGCCUUCAAGGAUCCCGGAGUUAUAUCUUCACUGUGUAACGUUCUUGUAUCUUCGAGCAAUCCACAAGUUCGACAAUAUGCAGCUGUUCUUCUCCGAAAAAGGCUAUCUAAAUCACAGCAUUGGACCAGACUCAGUGCUGAAGCAAAAGCUGGCAUCAAAGAAGGUUUGAUACAAGUGUAUGUCAAGGAGCAGGAGAAAGUGGUGAAGAACGCGAUCGUUCAACUGAUUGGAACAAUAAUGAAACUAGAGUCCGGUAAAUUGGGUUGGCCAGAGAUGAUGGAGUGCUUGAAAAUGUGGGUCAAUAGCAGUGUAAUGGAGGAAAAAUUGCUCGGCCUGUUUGCCUUGAGCAUUCUAGCGGAAGUGGUGCCUGAUGUGUUCAUGGAGCAAUACCCGGUUGCCUUGUACUUCAGCCAAAUGCUAGUGCAGACUCUGCGCAUGCCAGACAUCUCGGCAAGCCCGCUCGCCCAUCUAACUCUGGUCUGCCUGGCCCACUUCGCUCCUCCUGUACAACAUGAUCAAAUAGCAGCUCUGUACACGGAGUCGAUCCCAACGAUGUUGGCGUUGAUCGGCGACCUGGCCAAGAACCGGCCGGGCAAUUCGGCCCUGGAAGCGAUGCAGGUGAUCGACGAGCUGCUAGAGAACAACCCAGCCGUGCUGCAGCCCUACCUCAGACUGCUCGUCAACUUCUGUCUGGACAUCGCCGUCACCCGGCUGCCCAACAUCACUGACGAGAUGCGCAACAAAGCGCUCAACACGCUCAGCGAGGUGGUCAGGGUCAAGAAGAGGGUGAUAGUUCGCGACGACCUGGUCUCGCCGAUACUGCGAGUAGUGUUCGAGCUGAUUGGAAAGAUCCCGGCAGGAAGCGCGGAUGGGGGAGAGGAGGAGGAACAGGAGGAGUACUUUGUGGACGACGAGGAUGACUCCACCCCCACCACCUGUGCCAAUCAGCUGUUGGAUACCAUGGCGCUGCAUCUCCCACCUGAUAAGCUCCUGCCUUUGCUGAUGGAAUACGUGGAACCGAGCGUGACCAGCGCCGACCCUUGCGCUCGGAAGGCGGCCUACCUGAGCAUGGCAAUGGUGUCCGAGGGAUGCGCAGACUAUGUGCGCACCAAACACCUGGAGCAGUUUCUGCGCUACGUGUGUCAGGGCAUCACCGAGCAGAACACCCCAGUCAGGAAUGCCGCCCUCUUUGCGCUCGGACAGUUCUCCGAGCACUUGCAGCCGGAGAUCAGCGUGUACUCUAAAGAGCUGAUGCCGGUGCUGAUGGAGUUUUUGGUGGAGCUGAACAAGGCGGGGGCGGUGGGUGACGGGGGUGGUGAGGUGGCCAGGAAGGCCGGUGUCGACCGCAUGUUCUACGCGCUGGAGAUGUUCUGCGAGAACCUGGACGAGGCACUGCUGCCCUACCUGCAGCCCCUCAUGGAGCACCUGUUGCCGCUCGUAGUGCCCCCGCACGCCACACAUGUGCGCGAGCUCGCCAUCAGUGCUAUCGGCGCUACCGCAAACGCGGCCAAGACGAACAUGUUGCCUUAUUUUGAAACUGUGAUGAAGCAUUUGCAACAUUAUUUAACUGAAGAACAAACCGAAGAAACGCUGUGCUUGCAAAUCCAGGCUGUUGACACAGUGGGCGUGUUUGCGCGCACAGUGGGCGCCGAUAACUUCAUGCCGAUGGCGGUGGAGAGCAUCGAGCUGGGCCUGAAGCUGCUGUCUAAGGUCGAUGACCCUGACCUGCGCAAAGCCGUCUACGGUCUGUUCGCAUCCGUGUCCAGUGUGCUCAAGCUCAACAUGGCCUCCUAUCUGCCUGCCAUCUUGGAGCCGAUUAUGAACUCGGUCAAAAGCGAGGAUGGCAUUGUGGCUCACUACGACGACGAAACGAGUGUAUUCCCCGACCCAGAUGAGUUGAGUGGUGAGGAGGGGGACGAGGAGGACAUCGACAAGGACUCGGAUAUCAGUUCUGAUGACGUCACAGCUUACACUGUUGUCAACGCCUAUGUCGAGGAAAAGGAGGAAGCGUGCCUGGCACUGAAGGAGGUGGCGGCGAACACGUGCCACGCCUUCCUGCCGUUCCUGCACGCCUGCUUCGAAGAGACCAUCAAACUGCUGCGAUUCCCUCACGACUAUGUCAAGAAGGCCGCGCUCGAGGCCGUCACUCAGUUUGUCAUCAACUUCUUCGACCCUGUCUCUCAGCAGUCGCAGGAAGUGAAACGAGAAGCACUAAGCCUGCUGAUUCCGAAACUGUCAGAGAUGGUUCGCACGGAGGAGGAGAUCGAGGUGGUGAUGGUGGCUCUGAACAGCUUCACCGAACUGCUCAAGGAGCUCGGAUCCGACGCUGUUCAGGGCGAGGGUCACUCCGAGGCUGUGCUCGAGUGUAUCAAGGAUGUGCUCACUCACAAGACGGAAUGCCAGAACGACAUGGACGAAGACGAGGAGGCGAUGGAUGAGGAGGCGGAACAGGACGAGCUGCUGGUGGAGAGUGCGGGGGAGAUAGUGCCGCAUCUGGGCAAGGCCCUCGGCCCUGAGGCCUUCAGCUACCACUACAGUCACCUGCUACCGCUCUUCCAAGCACUCACCAAGAAGAAGUGUUCGCCGGCGCAGCGCUCGUUCGGCGUGGGCGUGAUCGCCGAAUGCAUGUCGGCACUGGGCGAGCGAACAGUGGUCUUCAAGGACACACUGUUACCGCUGUUGAUCGGCCUUAGCAGCGAUCGCGACGCCGACGUUCGCAACAACGCCAUAUUCGCGCUCGGCGAACUAGCGCUGCACGCCAAGGCCGGACUGUUCGCCGAAUACGCGCAGGUGCUGCACGCGUUGUCCACUGCCGUCGCGACGGAGACGCAUGCCGCCACGCUCGACAAUAUUGUCGCCGCGCUUGCAAGACUCAUUGUCACCAAUGUCGACGCUAUACCGCUCGAUCAGGUGUUGCCAGUCUACGUCCAGUACCUGCCAUUGCGCGAGGAUUACGAAGAAAACAAAUGGAUCUUCAAAAGUUUCGAAAUACUCUAUCAGAAAGGAUCAGACUCGUUGCGAAAUCUGCUAGUGCCAGUAAUAAAGAUAUCUACCAGCGUCAUUCAUAAAGAGCAAAUCGAGCCAGAGAAUAAGGAUCUGGUGAUCAAUUUGCUGCGGCAGUGCCAUCUUGAUUUUCCCAACGAUUGUGUGACGGCUGCUUCUCAAAUGACUCCUGAGGAAGCAGAAAUUCUGCGCAGCAUCUGCACUGCUUCAUAGUGAUUCAAUUGUGCAAAUUUUCACAUUUAAAAGACUGCGAAGUAAUCGUUCAGAAGAGAUUGUUCGGAUACGAUAUUUACAUCUAAAAGACUGCAAAGUGAUGACGAGAUAGUUCAGAAGUGUCUUAUAUUUCAAAGAGGGAAUUGCUGUUGUUUCAAGUCCGAUUUCCAUUGUAAAUUUUUUGAUACAACUUGAGCAGCAACUUUUGUCUUGAUCGAAUUGUUGCAAAUGAUUUCAAACAAAACAAAUUUACCGUGCAUUCUGUCAUACUGAAGUGAUUGUGCUGCUUGUUAGCAGACGGUUAAAAACGUUUGAAAUAAAUUUUUUAUGUCUUCUUAAUCAGCAAUCAUAAUAUUUGAAGGGAACAUAAUAUUUUCUUGAAAACAGGACUUUGGAACAUACAGUACUAUUAGUGCGAGUUCUGAUAUCAGUUGAAAGGCGAUUUUUACUUUCAUAUAUUGAUCAUAAUGAAUAUCAUGAUUUCAAUAAGGUUUAAAGCAUGCAAGAUAGCAUGCACUUUACCAUAUCUAUAAAUGCUCGGUUGCACAAGCCGGUUAAAUAUUAAUCAUGAUUAAAUUCCAAUAAAAUCAAUCUGAGAAGGACUUUGAAAAGAAGUCUAAUCUGAUUGGUUCUCGUGACAUUUAAUCGGGAUUAGAGGUUAACAGUCUUUUGUGCAACCGGGUGAAUAGAACUCGCUAUUAUGACUGACGUAAGCUAUCUACUAAGAAGAAGCUGUCAAUUUUUGAUAAGUAUUUAAAAUUAUAUAUAUAAUAUAGUUUUAUUGAAUCAAGAAAUGUUAUAUCGUUAUAGUGCUUUAAUUUGUUUAUGCUAACACUUGCUUUUGUUUCUUUGUAAAUUUAUAUAUGUUUUGUUAUCAAAUACCGCUUAAUCUAAUAGGUUUUCUCAUAUAUUUCGAAUCUCUCUUGUAGUAGAUAUGCACAAUUAAAUUGUGAAGCAAUAUAUUUGAGCAUAAUUUGUCAAUUGAGUUGGUUCCUUAUUCGAUAUUCUAUGGAGAAAUAUAAAUUUCUAGUUUGUAUUGUGCGCUUUGCCCUAUUUUUUCCAAUCUAUUCAAUUUAGAGAAAUGUUGAGAUUUCGAGGAUUUUUUUUUUCAUUUAUAACUUUAAAGAUCUUAUUCUAAAGUUCGAGUAUAACAAAUAUGAUUUCUAUGGUGGUAAUAAUAAUUGUAUGAAAUUAAUUUACAUCGACGCUUCUGAUUUCAUUUGGAGAAAAAAAAUUGUUUGUGCUAGUCGAAGAUUAAUAACGUACCCACCCUUAUAUCUAUGAAAGAAAUAAUUUUUCAAGUAGUGCUAAGCUAUAUAUAUUUACAGAUUCAAAUGCUUUUAUGUAAUGGGAAAUUUGCAAUAUGUGAUAAAAAGGCUUUUGAAACAUGUAUUUUUAUAAAAUA